AUGGAAUUGUCAACUGAAAGUCAAACAAUUGAUCAAUGUAUGUUGAAACAUGAACUAAUCAAACAAAUUUAUCUGAUGAUUGUAGAUAUGAAGUGCAGAAGUAAAAUUUAUCAAUCUAUUGAACAAAAGAUAGUUAUGGGAGGAACAACUGUUCGAAAUUCUGAUACAAUGAAGAAGUGUUUGACUGAAGAACAGUCGGUUUAUACAAAAUUGGUGGAUGAAUACAGAAAUGAAAAUUGUCAGUUACCCACUACUAACAAUAUUCCAGAUAAUCAACAACUACAGCACAAAUUCCGUAGACUUGAUCUUCUACUACGAGAUCGAUAUGGGAAAAUACGUGUAUGCAACAUUUAUUUAUUUUCACAUGACAUAUUGCAAACUAUUCAUGAACAAAUUGAUAAUCAGUUAAAGAAACAUGAAAUCAAUAUGGAAUUGUCAACUGAACAUCAAUCAAUUAAUCAAUGUAUGUUGAAACAUGAACUAAUCAAACAAAUUUAUCUGAUGAUUGUAGAUAUGAAGUGCAGAAGUAAAAUUUAUCAAUCUAUUGAACGAAAGAUACUUAUGGGAGGAACAACUGUUCGAAAUUCUGAUACAAUGAAGAAGUGUUUGACUGAAGAACAGUCGGUUUAUACAAAAUUGGUGGAUGAAUACAGAAAUGAAAAUUGUCAGUUACCCACUACUAACAAUAUUCCAGAUAAUCAACAACUACAGCACAAAUUCCGUAGACUUGAUCUUCUACUACGAGAUCGAUAUGGGAAAAUACGUGUAUGCAACAUUUAUUUAUUUUCACAUGACAUAUUGCAAACUAUUCAUGAACAAAUUGAUAAUCAGUUAAAGAAACGUUAG